AUGUCUUCACUGGAUAAUCACUCUGAUAAUAAUCAUACUACUGCAGGGGCUGUAAUACCCACCAAUAAGUCCUUUUCUCAUGAUGUAAACGUUCACAGUUCAAUACCAAGAACAAGGAAACAAUCUGCUUUCAAAAACAUUCUGACAAAUAUUUUACAUUCAAAUAAUGACACAAUCACCAAUUCAACUUAUACUCACUGUCAAAUUCCUCCAAAUACAAGACGACACAGUACCCCUUCAGUGAGAUCGCAACAGCAACAAAAUUUAAACACGCCAAGACCAAAAUUGCUACGAUCAGAUUCAAGAACUUUUGAUUCAAAACCAAAUUUUUUCAAAGAUGAAUAUUUAGUCUCAUAUCUAUCAAAUAAGGGCUUUACCCCACAGAAAUUCUUAUUUUACAAUAAGGACCUUAAAAUUUCAAUAGCAAGCGCUGGAGAAGCCGUAUUUUUGCCAACAAUAUCAAAUACUGAAGUGGAAGACCUUGCGAGAAAUGGCCACAAUGACGGUUCUGAAGGUAAUGAAUUACAAUUUGACCAGGAAGACAAUAACAGUUUCCAUAGUGAUGGUGAAGACUAUACUGACAAUGAAUCCGAUGAUAUUUCUGAUAAUACACCAAUUUUUAAUAGCAACGACAACGAGAGUAAUGAUUUGUCACUGACUAACUUACAAUCUUUAUCUGCCUCUCAGCAAAAUAGAUUUCCGUCCAGUACACCAGUCGUUUUAGAUAGUUCCAUGUCAGCUUAUAAUAUUGCAAUUAUUUUAUCUUUGCAGAGGGAAACGCAACUCUCAACAAUUCAAUUAGAAUUGUCUUCCAAUGUAAGAGUCCAUUGGAGAAAUGGACUUCCUCCAACAAAAUCAAUUAAUGAAGAGUAUUACAAGACAAAUCAAUUAAACUGGUCUUUGAAUUCUAGAAAUUUUGACCUAUUUAUACCAUGUCACUCACAAGAUGAGAAUGAUAUAAUACAAAACAAUCAUUCUUCAAGAAAGAUGAGAUUAUUUAGAAGUAAACCAAAUAGAUUAAACAGUUAUCUAACCGCCCAAUGUAUCAGAAGUGAUAUGUUUAACCGCAUCAACAAAGACGAUAUAGAAACUUUGAAAGCAGGGGACUACGUCUUCGCAAUACCAAUAGCAUUCCAUAAUCGAAUUCCAGAAAGUUUAUACUAUCCCUCAGCUCGUAUAGCAUAUUUAUUGAGAUUUGCUUGUUACCUGACCAAUAGUGCGUCAAGUUUCUCAACUGCGUCAAAUUCUUCAUCAAGUUCUAUUUCAAGCAAUAUCAUAACUGGCAAUGAUACUCUUCUUGAUUUCUCUAACGACAUUGAAACAGAAGUAUUAUCGAGUAAGGACAACACUGUGAGUAGUAGUAGUACUAGUUCAAUGUUGAAAAAAUUUUCUAAACAUUUCAAAAACACAGCAAAACCUAAUCCAUCGUCAAUAGUUAAUGGAUUGAAUUCUCACGAAAUAUUUUUGGAAUAUCCACUAAAUGUAGUAAGAACUCCUCCGCUUAUUUCAAUGUCUACAGCAAAUAAACCAAUCUUUAUAAAAAGACUAUGGAGUAGUUCCCUAAUAUAUGAGGUUUCAUUUCCACAGAAAUAUGUUCCAUUGAAUUCCGAAGUGCCAAUUAGUAUAAAAUUGACACCAUUAAUCAAGGAUUUGCAGAUCAAAAGGAUAAAAGUUAGUGUGGUGGAGAAGAUUACAUUUUCAAGCAAAAAUUACCAAAAUAGUUUUGAUCAAAUCGAUGUAGUCAAAUAUGACAUGUACAGUCCAUAUUAUGGUGAAAUGUUACUAAGGAGAAGAAAAGAAAGGAAUUUACCAUUAUUAGAAAUUAGAACAAAAGUUAGAGGUUCCCAGGCUAUAAGAGAAGAAAUAGUAAAAAACUCAAACAAUGAAAAUCUGCUAUCAUACAGUUCAAUUAAUGAUAAUGAUGAUACUUCCAAAAAAUAUGAUAUUACAGAACCUAUCUCAGUGGAAUCAAAAAUUAAAUUUCCAAAGUACAAUGAUGUGCGUAGAAAAUCAGGUAAAAUACUACCACCAUAUGGAAUCGACCAUUUUUUGGUUAAAACCACCCCAGAAGCAAAUAAUCUAGAUCGUAGAUUUUCAUUACCAACAUUGUCACCUUCAACCUCUUCGGCAAACAGAAGUAAUCGUAGCAAGAGCAUAGCCCAGCUUUUGAACAGCAGUAAAGCUUCGAAUACACCUUCAAUCAGUGAAUCCAUGCCCGACGACUAUAAUAACGCUACCAUUUUCAAAUGUGACAAUUCAACAGAACGAAUAAAUUUCACAACCAGAUUAAACGAACCUAAACGUGGAUUAUAUUUGGAUAGCAAGCAUUCAGGAAAUAUAAGAUGCAAACAUAAGCUGGAAAUAAUGUUCAGAAUAAGUAAACCUGACGAUCUCGAUCGCGCUCGCAUGAGACAUUUUGAAGUUGUCAUUGACACGCCAAUAUUCCUCAUUUCCGAUCUCUGUAACCAGGGAAAUAUGGAUUUACCAUCAUAUGAACGAAAUAGUAGUAGGAAUGUCUGCUCCAUGUCCCAAAAUGAACUAUACAAUUCACCACCUACCUUUGAAGAAGCAAUGUCGGUACCUGCAUCCCCUGAAUCGUCACCAAGCAUAAUAUCCAGCAGUACAGAAACGCUAAAUGACAUGAGGAGACUCAGCUUGGGCACCACAAUAAGUACAAACACCUUAUGGAGUAAAACAAAUCCAUUUAACAACCUCGACAGGCUUUUAACUGCCGAAGAGGACAAUGAUGAAGCAAUGGAGGAUUUCUUCAAGCAAGGCUAUACAUUACAUGAAGCAUUCCCUCCUUCAUACGAUGAAGCAACCUCCAAAUUAUAG